UCCAGUGAAGCCAUGGCGUCCAGUCUUCCCCUCCUCCUGGUGUUCCUGUGCAGUCUGACUGCAGCGUCAGCCCGGCUCAGGGUGUUUAACCUACGCGCCAGCAAUCUUCCCUCUGACUUGUUCGGAACCACAGACGGCUACGUCAAGGUGUCCUGCGGUUCGGUCGCUAUGGGUGAGACGUCCGUCCGUAGGGACAAUGCCAACCCCUGGUGGGACGAGGAGUUCUCCAACUACGAAGCCCAAGAAUACGACGUACUGAGGCUGGAGGUUCACGACAGUGAUUUAUUCUUCGAUGACCUGCUGGGAGCCUGCCAGCGUCAGAUCCAAGUGGGAACCCAUGAGCACGACUGCUACCUGGAGGAAGGCACCCUCCAUUACGCUUACACCCUUGGCUGAUGCGGGUGUAACUGACCUUGUGUUGUUACGUACAACCUGCAUCUGUCACACAUUACACAACUUCAUCAUCGGCUAUUUUGUUCCAAGGUUGACAAAUGAAAAUAAAGUGUGAUGCAAAAAAACU